AUGCGUAGAGAGGCGAAUAGGGGGGCGGGUGCCGAGCUGGUGAUUCCACCUUCCCGGAAUGGAGCCGCGGGAGCACGGGCUGGGCUGGUGAUUCCACCGUUCCGGAGUGGAGCCGGGGAAGCGAGUAGAGGGGCGGGGGCGGGCAAAAGGAGUGGUGGAGGUGGGGGUGGACAGGCACAUUCUGUGGUGAACCUCGCUGGUGACAGCAGCGACAGUGGUGACGAUUGUGACGGUGACGGCGGCAAGAACGCCAUUCCUUUCACGAGAAGUGCAGCACAAGCACCAGCCUCUUCGUUGUCCCGCAGUACGAGUUCUGCGGUAAACCUCGCUAAAGGCAGCAGCGAUAAUUAUGGCGAUAGGAUUCGAGGCGAGGGCUUCAUUCCGUUGACAAGAAGUGCAGCACAAGCACCAGCCUGGUACGACACUAGUCAACAGAAGCAGCAGAAGCCAUCGUUGUCGACACAACAACAGAAGCAAAAUAAACCAUCCUUGUCGGCACGUCUGUGGCCGAGUGCUUCUCGCUUCUACCGCGCGGCUCUCCGCUGGGUGUACUGCCCCAAGGACUGCAGCAUCGAAGAAGAUGCACAGUCUGCCCAGAGGAUGGCUAACUUGGUGCCGGUACCGACGGAGUUCGCCUCACUCCUCGACUACCAGAAGACAAUGUCCCAGCUUGUCCUGAAAGAAGCGGUGGCGGGCCUGCAGCAAGAGUCAGCCACCAAGAUGAGCCGCGGGAAUGUCUUGAUGGUCAGGGGAGAGGUAGAGACUGCCAAUCUGCUUGAUGUGGAUGGGGAGAAAAGGGCAGGGAAGAAAGGCAAGGGUGGUCAACCCUCUUCCGCUUCAGCCCCGCUUCCUCCGCCGUCUGUUUCUUCGAGCGACGGUAAGCUGUACUCUCUGAGGGUAAAGCUCAUACUGCCGACGGUCCCCGCCUACGGCAAUGGCAAAGACUACGUCCCGGCGUCGCCCUUCAGGGGCCAGGAGCUGGUUUCCCUUACUUCGCCUAUGUGGAGAGCCUCCUCAAACGCUUUGCUGGGAGUGGUGCAGGCGUGGGACCCGGUGUACGACAAGCUAAGCCGAAAGCCUUCUACGAAGACGGUUGUGGUGAAGAUCAGAAUCCUAGUCUGCGUUAGCUCCACUGGAGGAGAUGGGGUCGGCGGGCGGGGCGGAUGGUUGCCCUUGAAGGACAUUCAGGAGUGUCUGGGAAACGACAAUUGCGGUGUUCCCGUCACGAUCUCCAGCGCGGGGUCGCUGGUGACAGCAUGUCGCGAGUUUCAAGCUGUCAUGUCCUUGCCGGAACUGCCUGAGAGGGUCCACGAGUUCUUGCUGAACCCGUCUAAGGCGCCGACCACGUUGCUGCCGCGCUUUGUCGUCAUCAACCACCUGCCUGUUUCAAGCAGUCGUGGUGGGAGAGAAGCAGGCGGCGGCGCUCGGGAGAACGGUUCAUCUGCGAGGCAGAACGGAGAUUUAUCGCCCCCAUCCAGCGUGUAUACCCCCCCCCCCCCCCCCGGUCCAUCCAGCGUGCCGCCCAAGCUAUGGAUGUCGCUGAUACAGAAGUUCAAUAGCUCCCAAGUUCAGGCCAUGCGAAAGGUGGUGGAUGGCUCUCCGUCGGGUUUCACACUGCUGCAGGGACCCCCAGGGACAGGAAAAACCCGCACGAUCAUGGGGAUCGUGGGGGUGCUGCUCGCGGGAGCCUGCCCGUUUCCCUCAGGCCACAACUCGGAAGGUGGGGAAGGAGGGGCGAGCGGGUCAGGGGCGAAGGUCACUAUCGGCUCCUCUAUUAGCGGUAAGGGAAAAGGGAAGAAGGGCAAGCAAAAGGGCAAGCAAAAGGCUGCGAGGAUCGUCUCCCCCUUGGAAAAAGCCUCUCCAAGGAUUCUGAUCGUGGCUCCGUCGAACGCUGCUGUGGAUGAGCUGGUGCUGCGCCUGUGCCAAGAGGGCGUUCCCGGCGUAGACGGCAGGGUGCGGUUUCCAAGAGUUGUGCGAGUAGGCGGCCCCAGAGCGGAUGGCGAGAGGAGCGGCACCGUUGAUGGCCGCGGCGGAAGCGGCGGAAGAGACGGAGUGACAUCGACGAUGGUCGAGGGAGUCUCGUUAGAGCGUCUCGUGACGGAGCGGAUGGAAAGAACCAAGUGCUCCGCCGUGAGCGCCCGCCUUGGUAUACUCCUCCGAGCUGAGGUGGUGUGCGCGACACUUUCAGGCUCCGGCUCGCACAUCCUUGUGGAAACGGUCAUGAUGAGCAUGCAACUGGCCGCGACGAAACUGUCCAAAACGAAGAAGGGCCAGAAGAAGGCCAAGGCCGCCGGCCGUGAAGGCCAAACAAUACUGGGAUUUGAUGCCGUUGUCAUGGACGAGGCUGCCCAGGCUGUGGAGCCUUCAUCAAUGAUACCACUCAAGUACAAUCCCAGGGCAGUGAUCAUGGUCGGGGAUCCCGCUCAGCUGCCGGCUACGAUCUUUUCUAAGGAUGCGCAGCGCGCCAACUACGCGCAGAGUUUGUUCCUGCGGCUGCAGCGGGGGGGGCACCCGAAGACGAUGUUGGACACGCAGUACCGAAUGCACCCCGACAUCGCAUCCUUUGCCUCCACGCGCUUUUACAGUGGCCUCUUGAGGUCUGCUCCCACGGUCACGGAGGCCUCGCACGGUCAAGUAUUCCACCGGUUACCUCGCUUCGCGCCUUACCUAUUUCACAACGUCUCUGGCGGACGGCUCAAGCGAGGGGGCGAGGGGUAUGGUGGUGCCAAAUCCCUAUCUAACCCUACCGAGGUGUCCUACAUCACAUCUCUCCUUCAAGACCUGAUUACCACAUUUCCCGGGACGGACUUCAACGGGAGAAUAGGCGUCAUUGCGCCGUACCGCAACCAGAUCCGAGCCCUGCAACGGGGCAUGUGGUCUACAGGACUGAGGCACGACGGAGUUGAGGUCUCCACGGUGGAUGGGUUCCAGGGGCGGGAGAAGGACAUCAUGAUAUUCUCGUGCGUUCGUGCUCCCGAGCUGCAGAGGUCGGGGGACUCCGGUUCUUCUAGCGGUGGCGGCAUCGGCUUUUUAGACGACUGGCGAAGGCUCAACGUUGCCAUCACGAGGGCAAAGUUCGCCAUGUGGAUCGUUGGCCAUGCGGGGGUCCUGAAACAGAGCACCGACUGGCGUGAGCUCAUCAACGACUCCAAGAAGAGAAACGCCUUCAUUGACUCGAGUAACCCAGGUGCCACUUCAAGCGGCCGUAACAGCGGAUCCACCACUACCAGAGGUUCCAACGUUGGUGGCUCCCGGACGGAGACGACGAGCACGAGGGCUCCUGAGAAAGAGGCGCCCUCUGCCGCUAGCAGCACACGUUCAAGGUCGCCGGUGGUUGUAGGGACAGACCAGGGCAGAGAGCGUGGGCAUGGUCUCAGGGGGAAUGGGCAAGUCGGCGAGACGAAGCAUGACUCCAGGCAAAACGGUGCUACUGGCGUGGCCCUAGCAAGGGGAGAAGGGUCAGCAUCAGCAGCAAUGCCUUCCUUACACACGACGCCCUUCGCAGCGCCACCGCCCUUGCCUUCUCACAUCUGGGCAUCGGGCAAUUACUACAACAGGCAAUCCGCAUCACCCCAACCACCCACCGGGCUUAGAGCUGGCGGUACAGGCUCUGGCCGUAGUGAUGUGGCGGUACGAGCGCAGCCUUCGCUCACCGAUUCUGCUGGUUCGCAGCCUCACAGACUGGAUGACACGAGGACAGAGGUCGUCUCUCGGCAGGGUAACCACUACAACAGACAACCCGCACCGCCCCAACCACCCGCCGGGCUUACAGGCUCUGGCCGUAGUGAUGCGGUGGUGCGAGCGCAGCCGUCGUUCAAUGAUUCCGCUGAUUCUCAGCCGAACGGACUGGACAGGAGGACAGUGGACGCCUCUCGGCAGGGCAACCACUACAACAGACAACCCGCACCGCCCCAACCACCCGCCGGGCUGACAGGCUCUGGCCGUAGGGAUGCGGUGGUGCGAGCGCAGCCGCCGUUCAAUUCCGCUGAUUCUCAGCCGAACGGACUGGACAGGAGGACAGUGGACGCCUCUCGGCGGGGCAACUACUACACCAGGGAACCCGCACCGCCCCAACCACGCGCCGGGCGUAGAGGCGGUGGUGCAGGCUCUGCCCGUGGUGAUACGACGGUGCAGGCUCAACCUUCGCUCAAGGAUUCCGCUCAUUCUCAGCCUAACGGACAGGACGACAAGAAGACCGUGGACGCCUCUCGGCAGACAGACUACGUGAACAGGCUGCUGAAUGGCUCGCUUUCGACGCCACGCUCAGGCCCCAAGACUCCCGAUAACAUUUGA